AUGGGCGAUGAAUUGCCUGUUACAUCCUUAGUUUUGCCAGUACUUAUACGUCCCGUUUUAACUCAGCUAGAAAAAUAUGACUUAGGUGCAUCUCAAACUUUAAGAGCAGCUUUAACAAAAGCUGAAGCAGCUGUGCCAGGACUUAAUUAUGACUUAGUAGCUGGUAUAAUGAGGAGAGCAGAUAUACCAGUUAAUAUGAAUGAGAGUUUGCUUAGACUACAAGGCACUCUGACUGAAACUGAAUGUGCUGAUUUAAGGUUAAAUCGAUCUGAAGAAGCAUUUCAGGAAUUAAAUAAAAAGUCUGCAGCUUUAAAGAAAAUUUUAAGCAGAAUCCCUGAUGAAAUUACAGACAGGAAAACUUUUUUAGAAACAAUAAAAGAAAUAGCUUCAGCUAUUAAAAAAUUGUUGGAUGCUGUAAAUGAAGUAUCAACAUACACACCUGGACAAGGAAAACAGGCAUUGGAGCAAAGAAAAAGAGAGUUUGUUAAAUAUUCUAAGAGAUUUUCUAACACCUUGAAGGAAUAUUUUAAAGAAGGACAAGCUAAUGCUGUAUUUGUGAGUGCAUUGUAUCUUAUUCAUCAAACAAAUCAGAUUUUGUACACUGUUAAAAGCAAAUCUGAG